CCCAGCGCAGCCGGGCUCCGCGUCCUCGGGCUCCGCGCCCCUCCCCUUCCUCCCCCAGGUGGCCCUGGCUCUCCUGUCCGCAGAGCCAGGCUCCCGGGGAGACGUGCUGAGCGGUCGCUGGCAGCCCAGAGUGCCUUGGACGCCGCCGACCGACGCGCCCGGCCCGCCAGGCCACAUGAGUGCCUCUCCCAGCAGAGCCAGCGCCAAGACCGGCUCCCCAGCCUAGUCCGCCGAACGCAAACCGCUGAGAGUUUGCCGAGCCGCCCCCUGGGGCCCGGGCCGCCGAGUCCCGCUCGGGCACGGCCGCCGCCAGCCGGCGAGGGAGCGCCGCCGAAGGAAAAGCAGCGGGCGCCCGAGGGGAGCCCCGGAGGGCGGCCGGGCGGCCGACUUAGACUCCGGGGAGGUCGCGCCGCGAGCCCCAGCGCUCCCCUCUCCCGCGCGGCGCUCCGGGAGACGAACUUGCUCCGCUCGCGGCUCGAACGGCGAGCAUUUCCUAACGUGAGAGGCCGGGCGCCGCGGGCGAGGGGCGGGGAGCGGGCCCGGCGGGCGGCGAGGCGCCGGGCGGAGGCGGCGGGCCCCAUGCCGGCGGCCAACAUGAUGGAGAGCCUGCAGCCGCCCGCCCUGCAGGUGCCCGAGCCGCCGGGCGCGCCCGAGGGCAGCCGGGUCUGGUCCAGCUCGUCGACCCCCACGCUCCGCCGCCGGCGCUUCAAGAUGCGCCGCACCAAGAAUGUGCAGGAGCCGAGCCUGGAGGCCGGGCUGAGCCGGGACCUGCCCGGCGUCUUGGCCCCGGGCAAGGAGUUUCUGCAGCUGCCGUCCAUCGAGAUCACGCCCUCCAGCGACGAGGACACCCCGUGGUCCAACUGCUCCACGCCCAGCGCUUCCCCGCGCCGCAAACGCUUCCUCCUCCGCAAGUGGCUGCGGGUGAGUGAGCGGAAGGAGUGCAGCGAAAGCAGCAGCCAGCAGAGCAGCCAUGACGAUGACUCUAGCAGGUUCCUGAGUCCUCGGGUGCGGGAAGAAAGCACUGCCAGUAACUCCAACCGCAGCACGCCGGCCUGCUCCCCCAUCCUCCGGAAGCGGUCUCGCUCGCCACCCCCUCAGAACCCGGACGGAGACAGCAUGGUGGAGAAGGGCUCAGACCACUCCUCGGACAAGUCCCCGUCCACGCCGGAGCAGGGCGUGCAGCGCAGCUGCCCCUCGCAGUCCGGCCGCAGCGGUGGCAAGAACUCCAAGUCUCACAAGCGCCUCUCAAAAAAAAGCCAGAGCUGGUAUAACGUGUUAAGCCCCACUUACAAGCAGAGAAAUGAAGACUUCAGAAAGCUCUUUAAGCAACUUCCAGACACGGAGCGCCUCAUCGUUGAUUACUCCUGUGCACUCCAAAGAGACAUUCUUCUUCAGGGCCGACUCUACCUCUCUGAAAACUGGAUCUGCUUCUACAGCAACAUCUUCCGCUGGGAAACUCUGCUGACCGUUCGUUUGAAAGACAUCUGCUCCAUGACUAAAGAAAAAACAGCCCGCCUCAUUCCCAAUGCCAUCCAAGUUUGCACGGACUCGGAAAAGCACUUUUUCACUUCAUUUGGGGCCCGGGAUAGGACGUAUAUGAUGAUGUUCCGGCUCUGGCAGAACGCUCUCCUGGAAAAGCCCCUGUGCCCCAAGGAACUCUGGCACUUCGUUCACCAGUGCUACGGGAACGAGCUGGGCCUGACCAGCGACGACGAGGACUACGUGCCCCCCGACGACGACUUCAACACGAUGGGCUACUGUGAGGAGAUCCCUGUAGAGGAGAAUGAAGUGAAUGACAGCUCAUCCAAAAGCAGCAUAGAGACCAAGCCGGAUGCCAGUCCACAACUGCCCAAGAAGUCCAUCACCAACAGCACGCUGACAUCCACGGGGAGCAGCGAAGCGCCCGUCUCGUUUGACGGCCUGCCCCUGGAGGAGGAGGUGCUGGAGGGCGACGGGUCCCUGGAGAAGGAGCUCGCCAUCGACAGCAUCAUCGGGGAGAAGAUUGAGAUCAUCGCGCCCGUGAACUCCCCUUCGCUAGACUUCAACGACAAUGAGGACAUCCCCACCGAGCUCAGUGACUCUUCCGACACCCACGACGAAGGGGAGGUCCAGGCCUUCUACGAGGACCUGAGUGGCCGGCAGUACGUGAAUGAAGUCUUCAACUUCAGCGUGGACAAGCUGUACGACCUCCUGUUCACCGACUCGCCCUUCCAGCGGGACUUCAUGGAACAGCGACGCUUCUCAGAUAUCAUCUUCCAUCCGUGGAAGAAGGAAGACAAUGGAAACCAGAGCCGAGUGAUUCUUUACACCAUCACCCUCACCAAUCCUCUGGCUCCCAAAACUGCCACUGUCAGGGAGACACAGACCAUGUACAAGGCGAGCCAGGAGAGCGAGUGCUACGUGGUCGACGCCGAGGUCCUCACGCACGACGUGCCGUAUCACGACUACUUCUACACCAUCAACCGCUACACUCUCACCCGCGUGGCCCGGAACAAGAGUCGACUCAGGGUCUCCACAGAGCUGCGCUAUCGAAAACAGCCCUGGGGACUGGUGAAAACGUUCAUCGAGAAGAACUUCUGGAGUGGGCUGGAGGACUACUUCCGCCACUUGGAGAGCGAGCUGACCAAAACGGAGAGCACCUACCUGGCUGAGCUGCACAGACAGUCUCCCAAGGAGAAGGCCAGUAAGGCCCCGUCGGUGCGGAGGAGGAAGCGUCCCCAUGCCCACCUGCGGGUGCCCCACCUGGAAGAGGUGAUGAGCCCCGUGACCACACCCACCGAUGAAGAUGUGGGCCACAGGAUCAAGCACGUGGCAGGUUCCACGCAGACACGGCACAUCCCCGAGGACAGCCCCAAUGGUUUCCACCUGCAGAGUGUGUCCAAGCUACUGCUGGUUAUCAGCUGUGUUCUGGUGCUGCUGGUCGUCCUCAACAUGAUGCUCUUCUACAAACUCUGGAUGUUGGAAUAUACCACCCAGACCCUCACUGCCUGGCAGGGUCUGAGGCUCCAGGACAGGUUACCCCAGUCUCAGACAGAGUGGGCCCAGCUCUUAGAGUCCCAGCAAAAGUACCACGAUACCGAGCUCCAAAAAUGGAGGGAGAUCAUCAAGUCCUCAGUGAUGCUUCUUGACCAGAUGAAGGACUCACUCAUCAACCUUCAGAACGGCAUCAGGGCCCGUGACUACACAUCAGAAAGUGAAGAGAAGAGGAACCGCUAUCACUGACAAGGCAGGAGCGGGGGCAGCUGCAGGAGGCCUGUGCAAUACAUGUACAUAGACCAUAUAAAUAUAUAUGUAUAAAUAGAGAGAGAAUAUAAAUAUAUAUAUUAUAUACAGAUUUUAAAAAGAGAUGAUGCCUAUGUACCAGGGAGAAGGAGCGGGCCCGCCCCCUGUGCUGGCCGGCGGAGGGGCCAGGAGGGCAGGGACCCCCUCUCAGCACCCACCUCCCCUGAGCCUCUUCCUCUCCGUCCUCUCGUCCCCACCCUUUCCCUCGCUGGCCAUUCUUGGCUCUGAGAAGGGAGACGUGGAGCCAGAGUUAUGCCUGUGAAGACCCUGGGGUCGUGAAAAGAAGUCUCAAGGGGGCAUCGCUUAAGGUGCUUCAUUCCCUAAUCCCCUUUUGAUUUUUUUCCAAAAUAAACGAGAAUCUUUUCUUCCCCACCCAACACUUCCCCAAGUGUUCUCUCGGGAACAAGGAAGCAUCAGAAGCAGGGCGCAAGCUAAACUCUACCACAUGAGGCCGCCCCCUGUAUGUGGACCGUGCACCGCGAGUCAGGUGCAGAGGACGGCGGGACAGCUGGGGAGGCUGCGCUGGAGGGUUUGGGCUUCAUAGCCACAGGCUCCUGAGGGCCUGUGUUCUGAAGGGCAUUCUCCUCCAUCAGCCCCUGUACCUUCCUCUACCCUGCGUGGGGUGUGGACCCAAUAAGGGCUGGGGAUUUCUUACUUUCCCCCCCCUCCCCCCCCCCUUCUCUCUGGUCUUUUCCCAGGCUGGAUCUGGGUGAAGUGUCACUUUUUAGUGCCUAAAGCCCUAUUUUUCCUCUGUGCCCUAAGAGCACAUUGUUUAUUCGUCAGGGUGGGAGCAUUUUUGAUCUUGUUAAACCUCUAGCGAUUGUAAGCAAGUCAGGUCUGUGGCUCUAACCCCUUCCCUUAGAGCUGUCGUUUGAUUUCUAGGAUGAAUCAGGGUGUGUUCUAGGGCCUCCAGGGUUUGAAAGAGUGAAUGCACUAGCCGUGUAAGAAUUGUAGGGUCUAACCACAGAACUACUAUGGGUCGCGAGCACCUAUAUCCAAGAGCUCUUUGGCGGCCAGCCUCAUUUCCUCUCAGUGAGGAACCGGCUUAGUCAAGGGAGACAACCGUCUGAGACACUUUGCACAUGAACGAAGACCUAAGCCUUGGAGGGAAUGGAUUUGGCAAAGGUGCGUAGGUUUGGGCAGGAAAAAGCCAGAUGGAGUCUACCCCACAGAGGGCCAUUCCAAACCCUGUUUCUGAGAGUUGGGAGUGGAAGUUCUGGCAGAGGGAGUAACCAGCGCCUUCUCUAGUCUCUGGCCCCAGGGAGGUAUGAGAGCACUAAGGAGUAGAAAGAAGACCAUGGGUUAGGAAAGUGGGUCAUCUAGGGCCUUUGGGGGCCGGCUCAGAACUGAUGGCCCAUCUGGGCAGGCUUACCGUCCUUCACACACUAACUGCUAUCUCUCCCUGUGAUGACCCAAGGAAUCCUGCCAGCCCCAGGCAGAGCUUGUAGAGAUUCUUGAUCAGGAAAGGAUUAUACCAGUUUGGCAAGGAGAGCUCUUCCAGAUCGCUUGUUCUAGUGGACCCCUUGGUGGAAGGGGCAGAGGAAAGAAAGGUAGAUUUGAUCACUUAUCUAGCCCAAAAGGAGAGCAUGUUGUAUUCUCUUGGACUGGCCUGAGCAUCCCACUUUAGCGAUUAAAGAAAGUUUUUGACUCUUCAGUCUGUCUGAGAAGAGGGCCUCGUUAUUGCCCUAAGGGCAGGAUGAGAAGACAGAAAGAGACACACCCAGGCCACCCCCCACCCCCCAGGGGGAGUAGGAUGCGAUGGAUGAUUCCAUCAUGGUCAUCUAGAAUGUUGCUAUCCCUUCUGUAGAAAAGGAGAUAUGAGCAAAUGGAGUUGCAUGUAAUCCUUGUGAAGUGUGCAUAUGCCCACGGGCCAGCGGCUCAAGAUCAUAUCUGUCCCUGUCCCUGUCCGGGACUUCGAAUGGGAGGCCCUGGUGAGGGUCAGGGUUCAUGGGCCGUGAGCCAAAGAAGGAGAAACAGUGCAGGCUGCUAGGAAUUUUCUGGUUGGAGUAGCCAGAAGUCAAAAUUAUUCCCCGAAACUUUUGAAAGGAAAGGACAAGUGAUAAAUUCUCUAAUUUAUUCCAUACAUAUUUAUUUAUUUAAAUUAUUCAAUUAUUAAAGGUACCAUAUUGGGACCUUUGGGAUGACUUUAAAAGGACUCUUUGCUGGGAGUAAGGUGGUAUAGUGGGCCUGGCUACGCGGAAUUGUUCAGCUUUUGCUUCACCUCUCGGGCCCCUCUCAGGAAGGAGUCGGUGACAGGGAGGGAUGUCCAAGGAACCCUCUUGAUUUCUGGGGUUUUGAACCCAGGAGGCAGUGUGUGCACGUGGGGAGUAUCUCUUGGCCUGCCUCGUUUCUAAGGAUCACCGAUCGUUUGUGGGAGCUUUCUAGUCUAGUAAUUUUUUGAUUUUCAAACCAGGAGAAAACCAACAGCUGUGUUCACUCCCAAACAAAAGCUUUUCCCCUUUAUUCAGGAACCUGUCAAAGAGAAGGGGCCUCUGCCCUGGCAGCUCAGUCUGGGAGUGAAACACGUAAAUGACAUUGUGACUCAUGGCUGGCAGCCCUGGCUCGUAAGCGAGCAUUAAAACCACCAUGUCUUAUGUUAUGUCUUCCAGCCGGGGCAUUUUUUUGUUUUGUUUUCUUUGUUGUUGUUUGGCUUUUUUCACGUAAGGACUCAGUCAUAUAGGAGUCUUUCUGCGAGGACUCAUGUGGUGAGACACUCGAGAGCUUGCACUCAGUUUCAAAGAUUUUGCCGUUUCUAGACAGGUGAGAACAGCAGCGGGUCUGCACUCUACUCCUGCUGACUGGGGGGGAAUUGAUGGGACGGGUGUUGGAGAGGCCAGUCAUGUCUGUAACUCUCUCCUUUCCCCCAUCCCACUCCCUGGGACAAAGGGAUAACAUUCCAGGACAGCAAGGUCAGCAACUUAGAGCUCUCUGGAAGGGCAGCGAGCUGAGGGGUUCAGGGGACCUGGGCCUGAGUCCUGGCUCUGCUGUUGGGCAGGUCACACACCCCCACACACAUAGCCCCGGUCUCUGAGCCUCUGGAGCCUCAUAUGUAACAGGAGGGGCUUGAGCUAGACUGUCCCUAAGGUGGAUUCUAGCUUUGACAUGAUCUUGGAGGCUGGGUCAGAGACUGGCGAGGCUGGGCUUUCUCAAACUUGGAAGGUGCCCUGCCAGGAGAGGACAAGCCUUCUGGACUAGAGCCUCCCUGGAGUUUAGAUGAGUCGUAGGGCAGGGUCUGGGUUCCAGGAAAUCCAGGGUAGUUAAAUCUUCUUUACGCGCUACGAGGGGCAGGGAGGUCCAGUGAGGGGCGGGUGGGGGAGGGAGAGGGAGAAAGAUGAAGCUUGCUGUAUUGCUCGGUGUUAACCUAGGAGGGUGUUUCUUCCUUUGUUGGCCUAGUCUUACUUUGUAAGCGUCCUUUUGGACUUUCUCUCAGCUGGGAAGAGGAGGCUGGUGGCAAGGACACUGGCUUGGAUUAAGCCCACCUUCCGUUCCUGGGCUGUGAAGCCUUCCGUCCGUCUGUCCAUCCUCCCUCCUCCUUGCUAGAGCAAACGGUGGAGAGAAGUCCUUCCUGCUUCUACCACCUCUCUUUUGUCUCCAACUUUGCUGGGGUUUGGAUUAAGUGUGAAGCUUUGGCUAAAAUCCUUGGGUUGCCUUAGAGCGCUGACACUGAGAACUUGGGAUUACAAGGAAGGGGGAGGACCAAGAAAGCACAAGAGGAAUGCUUUGAUAGAAGUGGAUUCUCUGCAUUGCCCUGUCUGUGACCCAAGCUUGACCAUGUCCAUACGUUUGCAGGCAGCACGUCUAGGGUGAAAUCUUGGAGGAAGGAUUAGGGAGAGAAUCUUUCUGGACUGUGUGGUCUCAGAAGAAUCCUUUCUGCGCCAUACCAUGCUGUGUCUUUAGCUCUUCAGGGCAGCCAAGGCCAGCCCUUCCUCCCUAGGGGCCCCCGGGAGAAAUAGCGCUCUCCUCUCUUCCCCCAGGUGGUAGGGCACCCCCUGACUCCACCUGCCCACUCCAGUAGGAAGCUUGAGAACCUCUCUUCCUGACUCUCUCCUCCUCCAUCCUUCGUCUCUAGGCUGUGGGACAAUCAUCCCAUCCACCACUUAACACCCCCGACCCUCAUCCCCCAGCUUCCAGCAGGCUGGCCCCACUCCCCUCCACCUCUAGGUUUUCUUCCAGAAGAUGCAUUUUUGGGUCCGAGAGGAGCACUUUCUGGAAGGCCACCUUUUAGCGGCCCUGCUUGCCUGACGUGCAGCAGGAACUUGCCCACGGCGCAGAGAGCUGCCCCCCGCCUCCCCACCUCUCUGCCCGCCUUGUUACCUCACUCCUGCUCCAGCCGUGGCUGCGAUGGACCCAGCCAGCUCCGUGUUUUGGCGUUCCGGGGGAAGCUCAGGGGUCUGGGCCAUCGUUUUCUGUUGCGACUUGAGGUCCUCAGCAGGCCUGGAAGCCUGGACUGGAGGCUUGGCUGCUGGCGAGAAGCACUUUGCCUGCCAAGAGGAGUUGAUGCCAGACGAUGUACCCGACAUGUGAAGGCAUUAAAGAACAUUGUCACCUCUGCCCCUUGGCCCUCCUUGCUUCUCUCAACACGAUGAGACACUGCAGAAGCAAAAAAUGGUGGCCUCUGCACCAGGCAAGACAGCUGGCUGUGUCUGGGGAGUUGGCCCUGGGCUUGGGUGCCACGCACUGAGAUGGCAGAGUAAAAGCAAGCAUUUUUGCCAGCGACAGUGUGUGGCUCCCCACAUUUCUCUGUCCUGCACUCUAGGGCCAGACCACUCUCUGCAUGGACCAGAUCAUCUUCCCAAACCCAUGGUGCUUUCCCCCCGACUCAACCUAGACUCCAAGGUGGGGAGGGAUGGGUCCGAGGCCAUUGCGGCCCCUGGAGAAUCCUGACAUGGGGGUGGGGGUGGGGUGAGGCAGAGGGAGCAUCCCCAACCCCUGCCCUGGGCCAUUAUGGGAAAGAACACAGGUUGAUUGCAAUUGAGUUGUCUGGCCAUCUGUAUUUGGAGCUAUAACUGUACUUUGCCUGGCGCUGUGCGCAAGGUCUAAAAACUUAACUGCUAGUACCUAGAGACCAACAAGGCUUCCAGUCAAAUCGUCAUGUAAAGUAGCUAGAGCCAUGGAAGUACAGUAUGAAUUAAAAGCAAAAGUUUUGAACUACAUGUAAUAAACGGUGUGUGUCCAUUGCUUGAUUCGUUAGUCCUCGUGGCCCCAGAUGUCUUUGGUCUUCCCAGGUGUGAUCACAGCAAGCCCUGAAGGCAUGUGUUCACAGGCACACACGCAGACACACGUGCACAGCCAGCCAUCCAGGACCUCCUUCCCAGGGGAGGGCGGCAGCCUGAUGAAGUGGAACGGAUGAGAAGUUUGGGAAUCAGAUCUGAGUCCAGAUCGCAGCACCACUAUUUACCAGCUGUGUCCUUGGGCCCCGACCGUUACUGCCAGCCUCAGUUUAUUUUAGAGAUAACAUAAAAUAUAUGUGUGUGUGUCUGUGUUUCUUAGUAUAGUGGCUAGUACUAUAUGAAGAUAAUUUUAUAUCAUUAUUAAUCAUUGUUAAUGAUUUUAUAUCAUUAUUAAUCAUUAUCAAUCAGUAGUAUUGUUGUUCUAGGAGUGUAUGGUAGACUGAAUCCCAGUGACAAUUUCUUGUGUAACUUUUCCCUUUUGGGGCCUUGGCACUUCUAGGAAGACACACAUUGGGGGACAGCGUUGCUUUAUUUCCUUAAUGUUAGCCAACCUGGUAAGGGAGUGGGGUCCCUCCCUUCACUAGGUCUUCCUUGCUGGGAGCCCCUCACCAACUUGUUUGAUGUCAUUCAGGUGAGAACACUCUGGCUCUUGGAUUCCUUUGUAUUUGGGUAGGGAAGGAAAGAAGGGAGACAGCAUGUUUAAUUCUAGACUAUUAAAUGUAUUUUUCAUUCUCUGGGCAUAUAUCCAGUGAUUGUGAGUUCAGGAAUUGAUGUGGGCUGGGGAGGCAGGUAGAAGCCAUAGUAUGUGUAGCAGACACACACCGUGGAGCAAAACCAGAGCAAGCAGUGUUUAGAGACACUUUAUUGACAUGAACAGGGAGUUUACUGAAAAACACCACAUACAGGCAUUAGGUUGUUGAGAGCUUGAGUGGUCAGGAACAACAUUUCUAAAGUUCAGAAAAAGAUUGGCUGUGGAAAAUCAAGAAAAAGCCACACGAAGGUGACAACACGGUGACGAGUUCCAUGGCUGUACGAAUUUGCUGAUUGUGUUUGGUGCCUCACAAACCUACACGCGCUCGUCCUUCAGUGCCUCCCUCCCUGUCACUCUGUCCAAAAAAGAGGAAUACCAGCUUUGAGGCUUCGCUGGCCUAUGAUAGGGGUUGAGUCUGAGCUACAGCUCAGACUCGCUUCAAAUGUGCAUCUACUGGGUCCUACUACAGCCUCAAGUAAGGGGAGGGGUGCCAAACAUGGGUCGUCUGCCAUGGUAGAGUUUUAGAGACUAGGAAAGGCUUGGAUGAUGAUAUUUUUAAAACCUAAGGGCGCAGGGCACACUCGGUCUAGACUGGUGCCCGACGCAGAGAGGGUGCCGAAAUGCAGAAUGAAUGGGUGAUCGGAGUAAUGACACCAAGUACUACACAGAUACAUUUGCCGUGGCUGGGAGGACUCACUGGGUUGGGGGCUUUUCAUUUACAAAGGGAUGGGAGAGGAAGGUGUUUUUUGUUUUAGUUUUCCAUUUCCGCUUGGGAAGGAGAGCCAAGGUAUAUUCUGAAAUGGGUCUAGCUCCUUGCUGCUGCUUCCUGCCAAGAUGCAGUUACACGGCCUUUUCUCUCUGAUUUAUGUCAGGUGGGUUCACAGAUUCUGAGAUGGGUAUGUUUUCCUUUUUGAUCCCGUAGUUCUGGGGGGAAAAAAGGAGCUACUCUCUCUUCUCUUAACCAUUCAUAGCUCUAUACAUAUUUUCAGCAUAUUCCUGCUCUGAAAAAUUCCUUUCCUACUAACAUUUCUAGUUUGGCAUCUAAGGAGAAACCAGAAACUCAAGAGAGUCAGAAAUCCGGGCGUGUGGGUGUUUGGGGGUGGUGACUCUAAAGGACAGUGCUUUUAGAUGGACUGAAAAUAAAGGCUGGUGUUGGGACAGGUGCUGACCGUCAAGGUAUUUCCACACGAGAGAUGGGGCUGCGAUGCAAGGCUGAGCUGACGGCAAAGGUCCGUUGGGCGAGGUGCUCACAGGGCCAGCAGAGUUGAGCAAUGAAGGUCAUGGCUGUUAAGCCCAAGGGGAGGGAAAACCAGACCCAGCCGAGCUGGCCUUGAGGGAAUUGUAUUAUUAAGCAUCAGUCAGGGGGAAUAUCCAGCACCAAGACAACAGGUGGGGUUCCUAGAGUGAUGAUAGCCCUUGAGAACGUUUCUAAGCCCUUUAAUAGAACAGCAUACCAGAUAGAGCUUCCAGAGCAGUGCACGUUUAUCUGGGUCCUUUGUAGGAAUAUGCGGGGGAACAGGGAGGGAGUGAGGAUUUGAAGUAGGCUGGUGAUCACAGUACCUUGUGGAUUUAUAGUCAUGAUCAAGUCUCCCAGGAAGGAGUUUAAUUGCAAUUCAGGAGAAAUAAUGAGGUACAAACCAACGAGAAAGGGGAAACGAACAUGAGAUUAAGACUUUGAAAGCACAGUUUUAGCAUGGACCAAGAAGCAGAGUGGUAGAGGAGCAGUGGAGUGGGGUUAGGGGUGAGCGAAGAUGUUUAACAUCUCAGGACAAGCAAGAGAGGCAAAGAUUAGAUGGAAGUAAAAAAAAGAAAAGAAAAA